CAUCUGCUUCUCCAGCCUGCAGCACAACAUGGCUUUCUCCAAGUAUUGUCCAGCUUAUUUCUCUGGUGAAAGGGGGAAAAAAGGCCAAGGAACUUCUUCAGCAGAAUUAGCUACUUUGACAGGUUAUCCUCUUGCAUUCAAAGCACAUAUUAGAAAAAGUUUGGGAGACCUUUAGACUAUAAUAAAUAGCUGAAAGUCCGACAGCUUCCAAAGACUGAGAAAAAUGUCAUCACCACAGGGUAUCUAUAAGAGAUGCGAGGAACCCGAGGAACAGGGGAAAAAGCCAAGCAAGAAAUUUGAAACAGCAGGUAAUUUCCUGCCACUACGCAGCCAAGGUGGUUCAGGAGUAUCCCUGCUGAUCUUUUCUCUUGUGACCAUUGCAUUUCUUUUGCUGUGGAUCAUCAUCGUUGCUGUAAUGGCAUCAAAAUAUUCUAAGAUUUUCAAGGAACUAGAAGAGCUGCGUAUGAAUCAAACUUUGCUGACAAAAAAUGAAACAGCGCUAAAUAUCACCCUUAAAAAGCUGGAGGAUGAUCACAAUGGCCUGAAAAAGAAUGUGAAUGCAAAGAUACAAGAGAUAUCGGAUGAAAGUGGCAGAAGUGCAAAUAUGGUCAUUAAUUUAAUCAAUGCAGUCCAUCAGAUUAAUGCUUCAGGCUGCCAGGUGUGCCCAAAAGGUUGGCUGUUGAACAGAGAAAAAUGCUACUAUUUCAAGAUGGGGAGCGACGCCUGGUCUCAAGCCGAGAAGAGAUGCGAGAAUGAUGGAAGCAAACUGGUUAUCAUUGAGGAUUACGUUGAACAGAAAAUGCAGUUACAGACCAAGGCUGCUCCAUGUAUUGAUUCAGAAUCUGAAAUUUCCAUGGAGUGGAAAUCUGAUAGUAAUUCAUGGGAGAUACAAGGUGUUAGAUAUGCUAAUGAGGAGUGA